AAGAAGUUCAAUUCUGUCGACUCCACGGAAGAACGAUCUUAGUGCUAAGCUCUUCGCUAUGAGGUACACAGAGAUUCUUCUGGCGGCGGCCUAUCUUGCUGCUACUAUCGAUGCCCACAUUCUAAAGCCUUUAUAUAAGAAGGAAGCUUCGGUAUUAGAAGUGACUCUAGCUCCAGCAAAAACAGCCGGCGUAGCUGAAUUGGUUGCGACUAUUAAAAAUGUUGGGUCGACAGAUCUGAAUCUCUUGAAGGUCGGCACCCUUCUCGAUGAAAAUUUGCCCAUACAAAAGGUCUUGGCAGUAGACGAAUCAGGAAAGGAGGCCCAAUUCAAGGGAAUCCACACAAGCAUUCACUAUGAUGCCCUCACAGUUGAUCAUUUCCACCUCCUGAGGGUUUCUGAAUCAGUGAGCACCAAUAUCAGCGCAGCUACCAUUCACGAUUUCACCAAAUCCGGAACAUAUAUAUUUACGGCUACCGGAUCGAUACCUAUAGCUUCGGCUGGGUCUACAACACUAUCUGGACCAGCACUCAUCUUCCAAUCCAAUAGCGUUAGUCUAUAUGUCGAUGCACAAAUCGCUACGGCGGUGCCGAAGGCUUUGAGCUUUGGCCCCUUGGAAGCGCGUACGAUGGUCCAAGACGGCUGCAAUGCCACUAGACUAGCAGCUAGUACCGCUGCCCUAGAACACUGCGUGACCCUGGCUCUUGACGCUGCGGCGGAUGCGAAGGACCCGUCUUCGACUCGCUUUGUUGAGUACUUCAAAACUAACUCAUCAGAGACGCGACAGAUUGUGGCCGACCGGCUGACAGCGGUGUCGAAGGAGUGCUCGACGACAAACUCAGGACUAUCGAGGUACUUUUGUUAUGACUAUUACUCCAUAUGCGAAACCGAGGGGCCCCUCAACGCUUAUACAAUGUGGGAUAUUGACACCGUAGUCAUGUGUCCGCUAUUCUAUGACACACUACCACCUCUUCCGCAAGCGUGCCAUCGCCAAGAUCAAGCCACUACGACGAUACACGAGAUAUCGCAUUGUGAGGAGGUUUAUAGCCCUCAUACGAAUGACUUUGCCUAUGGGUAUAAUGAGAGCUCGGCGCUGACUCCAGAACGCGCGGUUUUGAACGCGGACAAUUACUCGCUGUUCGCAAAUGCUGUUUAUAUGAAGUGCUGAUCUUGAGCGAGAGUAGAGAAUUCGAUG